ACACCAGCAGAGAAGAUCGGCCAUAUCCCGAACGCUAAAUACAAGGCGGAAGAUUAGGUUAUGCAAUUUUUUAUUCUGAGUGGAACAAAGCCGCUAACCCUUGAUGAUACUGGGGCGGUGCCGAAACUUUUACCUCUAGACGUGGCCCGUUACAGCGGACAUAGGCUCCCAGUUGGGUUUAGGCUACUGUAUCACGCUCAAGCCGGUGUGUCGUCACACUGAUGGUGUGCCUUUUGAUUUCAGUGAACAAUUUGAUAGUGCAAGCAACUCCUGCGCAGCUCUCCUGUGCUCCUGUACAGUGUGUCCCGACACAGGAUAAUGGUCCUUAUAAAGAGCUCGAGAGGAUUACAACUCGCCUUCCGAAUUUAUAAGCGAAGUCAUCAUCACUCAGUUGGAAUUAUUGGAGCGCCUUUUUCAAAAGGACAGCCGAGGGAUGGUGUGGAGAAAGGACCAGACCUCAUUCGCUCCGCCGGAUUGGUGGAAAAGCUCAGAGCGCAAGGCUGUGCAGUCAAAGACUAUGGCAACGUGACGUUUGAGGAGGUGGCCAACGAUGAGCCCAUAGGCAAUGUGAAGAGACCCAGAGCGGUGGGCAGCGCCAACCAACGUCUGUCUGCUGCCGUCCACGCCGUGAAGAAUGACGGAUACACCUGUGUGAUGCUGGGAGGAGACCACAGUUUGGCGAUAGGCUCGAUCCAGGGGCAUGCAGCAGCUAAGAAGGACCUCAGUGUGGUAUGGGUGGACGCCCAUGCAGACAUCAACACACCCCUGACCUCCCCUACAGGCAAUAUCCACGGACAGCCCAUGUCCUACCUCAUCCACGAGCUGCACUCCAAGAUUCCAGUUCUGCCCAACUUCUCCUGGAUGAAGCCAUGUGUAUCAGCCAAAGACAUAGUCUACAUUGGCUUGAGAGACGUGGAUCCAGAAGAGCAUCAUAUCCUGACGUUGCUGGGUAUCAAAGGUUACUCCAUGACAGAGGUGGAUCGCCUUGGAAUAUCCAAAGUGAUGGAGGAGACAUGUGACUACAUCUUCUCAAAGGUGAAGAAGCCCAUCCACCUGAGCUAUGACAUCGAUGCCCUGGACCCAUCCAUCUCCCCGGCCACAGGAACACCAGUAGUGGGAGGGCUGACCUACAGAGAGGGAGUCUACAUCACAGAGCACAUCUGUCAGACAGGGAUGCUGUCUGCAGUGGACAUGGUGGAGGUGAACCCAAAGAGAGGCAAGACGGAGGAUGAGAUCAUCUCCACGGUCAACGCUGCAGUAGAUCUGAUACGUGGCUGCUUUGGAAGGCUCCGGGAGGGAAACCACCCUGCAGACUACAAGAUGCCCCUGCCUUGAGCUGCCAACUACCACAGAGCCUUCGAUUACAGUGAAGGGCUGUGGCCAGCACCACCUUUCUGCACUUCAAAGUCAUCUUGACUCUUUUUCUGUAAUCCAGUUAACAAAUUGCCCUUUGUAUCAAAUCACAGAGAGAUUAAAAUAGAUACCAUAUUAUUUUCUUCAGAA